GGGCGGCAGAUAGGGUUGGGGACUCUCUUAUAAGUUUGGUUUAGGUCUCUCUCUCGGCCCCCUACAAUCCCACAGUCCCAACGUCCCGACAGUGAAAGGCGGACCACAGCUAAAACCAGCUCAGAGGAAUUUCUGUUUCCCACAACCUUGAAGACAAGAAAGGAAGGAUUGCGUUGCCAUGGCGUCACCGAGCGAGGGCGAUCAGACGGUGCCUGAUGGAGAGAGAGAAAAGGAGGCGACUAAGGUCAAAUCUAUUCAGUCCCACUAUCUCCGCUGUCCCUCCCCCAGCAGUUUCUCCGUGAUCUCUGAGUCCAGAUUCUCCAUGAUAUCAGGGUCGGAUGCCGAGAGCAUCUAUAUGGAGCCCAUUCACCUGUCCUCAGCUAUAGCUGCCAAACAAAUCAUCAACGAGGAGCUCCCACAACGGGGUAUCAGGGUAGAGAGUACCCCAGACAGCAUGUUGGAGACAGCGGAACAGCUGAUGGUGGAGGACCUGUACAACCGGGUGAAAGACAUGAUCGAUGACCGCAGCCCCUAUAACACCCCCUGUGUGAUGGACAUCCAGCGGGCCAUGGUACAGGACCGCCUGGUGGCCCCCAACAACCCCGUGGACGAGGUGUGGAACAACAUAUUCAUCGCUGAGAAAUCCGUGGCUGUCAAUAAAGCUCGUCUGAAGCGCAUGGGUAUCACCCACAUCCUGAACGCUGCCCACGGUACCGGGGUCUACACAGGGGAGGCCUUCUACGCUGGCAUGAACAUCGGCUACAUGGGUAUCGAGGUAGAUGACUUUGCAGAGUCUGACAUCUCCCCUCACUUCAGAACCUGCGCUGAGUUCCUGGAUGAGGCCCUGUUGACACACAAGGGUAAGGUCCUGGUGUCCUCUAUGAUGGGUGAGAGCCGCUCCGCUGUGCUGGUGGCUGCCUACCUCAUGAUUUUCCAACACAUGACCAUCAUGGAAGCACUGACCACUCUGAGAAAGAAGCGACCCAUCAACCCCAACGAGGGAUUCCUAAAACAGCUGCGUCAGCUUAACGAGACGCUACUAGAGGAGCGUGAUGACGAUGAUGACGACACCCUCAGUCAAUGCUCCGUCAUCGACGCCCACACUCGUGCCCACCUGUUUGACGACGAAGAGAGCAUGAUGGGCGUGAAGGCCCACUCCAUCAUGAUGGAGGAGGAGGAGGACAGCCAAAGCGUGAUGAGUAGCGUGGCCUCGUCUGCCGCAGCCGCCGCCCUCAGGGACGGUGUUUUUGGAGGGCUGCGGAUGGGCCUGGAACGGGCAGAGACGACAGAGGGCCUGGCCCUGCCUGGAAAAGACGCUGGCGACGGUGGGGAGGAUGCAGAGGAUGGGGAUGAAGAUGGCAUGAGCAUGAUCCGCGAGUGGCAGAGGAGGAACGAGAAGUACCAGAGCGAGGAGUGGUGGGAGCAACAGCUGAUGAGCGAGGCUGGGGACGAGGAGUCUCUCCUGGGGGGCAUGCGGGGUCCUGGGGCAACAGAAGACCUGGAGAGCGUGACCAGUGAGGACGUCCAGGCCAUGAAAGAGCGCCUGAAGCGGCGCCCGCGGCACUCCCCCUCAGAGUCAGUGUCCACGGCCAGUUGCAGCAGCUACUCUGACCUGUGGAAGCAGCGUCUGAAGGAGAUUGAGGAGCAGGCGGCAGCGCGCUACCGCAAGAAGGACGACGACAACAACAGUGAGAGCACGGCGAUGGAGGGGAUACAAAAUAAGAAGCAGACAAUCAAGGAUGACGUGGAGAGCGUGCUCUCGGACACCAGCUCCAUGUACAACUUCUGCAAGAGGAACAAGGAGAACCUAACUCCCCUGGAGCGCUGGAGGGUGAAGAGGAUCCAGUUUGGCUGGAAUAAGAAUGACGAAGGGAGGGAUGGGGAGAAAAGAGGGGGCAGUGGGGAGCAGGGAGAUGGCGAUGCUGAGGCCCGCACUCCGGCACUGGAGGACGUCAACCUGACAGCCUACCAGACCUGGAAGAUGAAACAGGCGAAGCGGCUUGGAGAGGACAACAAGGCAACAAAAGAUGACAUUGUGGAGAUGAGCCGUGGCGAGGACUCGGCCACAGCCAAGAGGAGACAGAGGCGGGAGGAGCUCCUGGAGCGCUCGCGGAAGACGCUGGAGGAGAGUCAGUCCAUGUGUGGCUGGGAGACGGAGAGCUCCAUGAGUGGAAGCACCCUGCCGCUCUCUGCCUUCUUCGCCCAGCCUGACGGCUCACAAGCCGGACGUGUUGCCAAUGAUGACAACAUGUCCAUGCUGAGUGGCAGGUCUUCUGUAUCCCAAGCCCGCAGCACCAGAUCUCAGGCCUCUAUGGGCUCAGGAAUUCCACAGGGCAUUCCCCAAGUCCCCAUGAUCCCUGUGCCCACAAUGCAGGGACCUGGUGGGGAGCCCAUGGUCGACCUGUCCAGCAUUCAGAACUGGAUCGCCAAUGUGGUGUCCGAGACCCUCAUCCAGAAGGAGCGUGAGAUGAGCCUCCCCCCGUCCCAGGCUGGAUCGGUGCUAAGUUUCGGUGGGACAUCUAGUGUGGUAGGGCCAGCAAGACGUGGCUUGGACGAUGACAAGGCUUCUAUGCUGAGUGGAGCGUCCUAUUCGAGCUCGCUGGCUCAUCACGGUGUCAGUGCUGGCAGGGCCGAGUCUGUGCUCUCUGGUAGAAGUGCUGCUUCUUCUACCAGUAAUCUCUCCAGCAUCUCCGGUCUGGGCUCCCGCAGGAGCAAGAUCACCACCACCAGCGUGCCCCUCUACAGCCUUUUUGCCGAUCAGGUCAACCUACAGAAGCUGGACUCCAUGGACAAGGAGAUGCAGUCGGAGAUGAGGAACAAGAUGGCCUGCUACGGGGUGAAGAAGAUCGUCGAAGAUAACAAGCGCAGCACACUCUACAAGAAGAAGAAGCCCAAGGACGAGGGAGAAGAGGAGGAAGAGAAGGAGGAUGACUAUUUAACGGGAAAGAUAAAGACGUCUCUCCCACCUGCACCAGAGAAAAAGAAAGCACCUACGCGAAGCUAUGGCCUUUCGGGCUGCCUAAAUCUCUCCACCGCUCUGGAGAAAGAAAAGAACACCAGUGUUGAUGAUUGGCUAACCAACGUCAUGCCUCCUUCAAGGAAACCAGCGUCCUAUAGUGCAGAAGACGAGACUGAUCCAGGGCCAUCUGCCUCCGUGUAUAACUUCGGAGGUCGGAGGGACUCGUCUGAGGAGGAAGAAGAAGAGGAGGAGUAUGAAGUCGCAUCCAGAUAUCGCUCCAGAUUCCAGGCAGACACAGAGUCACGUGUACUUGGCAAAUUCUCUUCCAACAGCGCGGAUUCCAGCAGCUACAGGACUAGAAGAUCCUACACAGCCACUGAGGAAGAGGAGGAAGAAGAGGAGAGUUAUACAUCGAAGAGGAAGUUUACUCAUCACUCACAAUAUGAGAGUGGAGGGGAGACGGAGGGGAGGAUAGAAAGGAAGGAAGAAAAGGAAGAGGAAGAAGAUGUGGACAGAUUCCUCAGCGAGCUUAGGCAGAGGUCUCGGGCUCGGGCUGAGGCAGAAAUGCAGGACGAUGACAUCGUUGCAGCUUGGAGGGCACAACAAGAAUCCAAGUCAAAUGGUUAACCAAUCAAAGUCUGACAUCUUAACCAAUCAAAGACUGUGUCACACUUUUAUUUUGAAAGAAACUCAAUCCAAUGUUAAUAUGUUUCUUCAGCUAAUAAAAAUUGCACACUUGCUACACAAGCCACCUUUCUUAGAACAUCGCUUGUGGUCUUUUUAUUUUCAGAAGUGGGGUGACCUUUAUAAUUCUAUAGGUAGUUGUUGUAGAUCAUUCUGACAUGUAAAUGCUCAUCUAAAUCAAAUAUCUAAGCUUUAUUAUAAUGGAAAAGGGAAAAUGUGCACUUUGCUUUCUAAACUCAAACGAGUUUAUUUCUCAUAGUCAAUUUUAUAAUCAAAUGGACGCAAACUAUGAAUAUUUAAAUAUUUCCUCAGCCUAACUGCAUUGCUUGUGUAGUGCAAGUAGAGUAACACACGCCUGCUGUUUGUUGCAUUGAUUGUAAAAUGCAACAACUAACCUACAAAACAAUCUAAACUAGAUUACUGUUCAAGACAAAAAAUAUUUAUGCUGUACAAUUUUUGGAGCACAAACGCAAUCCAUUUCAAAGCAUUUAUAAUUGCAAUAAAUGUUAAAGCAAUUAUCUGGUUGUUUA